AUGGACAUUCAGAUGACCCAGACGUUGAUGGCGACUGUCGAGCUAAUGAACACCACUCUCGACACAGCACCUGACUCCUGGCGUGACCACCUACAAGCUAUACGUACUACGACCGACGACUUCGAGCUAGCCGAUACAACUCCUGACGAAGAACGCAGACGUUGGCAGAUACCUCUCAUCAGUGUCUUCCAGCGCGUGGCGUUUGCUGAUGCUGAUAAUGGUCCCAUACCCGACAUAGCGGAUUGGUGUCUACGGCAAUUGCUGACUCUGCUGCAUGUUUACCCUAGUGAUGUUGAGAUCUUGGAUUGUAAAUCACAGCUACAUUUGAACGAAUCAUCUCUGACCUUCACAGUGAUCGGCCGAAACUGGCUGCUACGAGCUCAACAGCCGCUGGCAAGCAUAGCACAAGCAGAGAAUGACUCCUCCAGUGGCGACCCAAGUACGUUCGGGGAGCCAGAUGCAAUCACUAGAACAAUUUCUGAAACCGAGAGGCGGCUCUAUGAUGCGGAUUAUGUUGAAGCGCGAAGGCUGUUGGUACAAGCUGCCGAUUACCUUAAGCGUGCGGUAGAUGCAGCUUUGGCAGAGGCACGGUUAACCGAGACUCUUCUUUCAACGGCUGCCAAAGCGUUUAGGAGUCUCGACAACGUCAUGUCCGCCCGGGACAUUAAUGGCGACAGUCGAGCUAAUGAACGUUACCCUGAACACAACACCUAA